GCGGAGCCAACUAUUAUUUAGUUAGCGAGCAGUGCUGCAGCUUAAGGAACAUACAAAACACCAAUUGCUGCCCACUCCCCCGGCCCAAACAGCCCAUUUGGGUUUCUCCAGGGAAUUCUCUUCUGAGGGAGAGAAAGGGAAUAAGAAAAACAGCAAGAGAGAGAGCGAGAGAGGGAAAAAAAAAAAAAAAAAAAAAAAAAGUAGAAAAAAAGAAAACAUCUCAUCCUGCAGAGUCUGGGUCAUCACCAAACCACCCAGCCCUCAUAUGGCACGGCCGCGGCCAAAGCUCUCCCUCUGGACCCGCAUCCGUCGCUUCUUCUACCUCUUCAGCAGCCCGCUCAAGCUCCGGGCCAGCAUUGACCGGCUGCGCGCCCACCACAAACAUCCCUACCUCGCCCUCCUGCGCCUCUUCAUCCCCCUCCCGACAUGGUACUUCCCCCUCCCUCCCGCCCUCUCUAUUCGCGAGCUAUGGGGUAAACCAGACCUCCUGCGCGCCCGACGCGGCGACAUCCACAACCUCUGGAGCAUCCCUCUCUGGAGCGCGCGCGACACCCCGCUCCGCUCCCUCUACCGGCUCUACGAGUGCAUGGCGUCGGGCGAUUACAUCCCCAUGGGCACCGAGACGGAGUACUUCUGGUACCAGUCGCGCUGGUCGCUCAACCUCAUCCCGGACCCGCAGGACACCGACCCGAUCCGGUAUGCGAUACUGGCGUGCCUGGCCGAGGAACUGGUGCACGCCUUCAACUGGCGACUGAGUCUGGGGAUGAGGCGCGACGGGAGGCACUUGUAUCGCGAGAGGGACGAGGAUCCGUAUCCGCCGUAUGAUCCGGAGACGGUGGCCCCGUGGACGAAGAACGUGCCGCCCGUCGAUGCGCAGUGGACGGUGGGUUUGCCCGCCGACGUGGUGGAUGUGGCGGGGAGACUGGUGCUGGAGGAGGGAGGGGUGAACGAGACGUUUGCGAAAAGGAAUAUCGUGACGAAUGUGGGAUGGCUCUAUACGAUAUGA